AUGCCGCAAUCCUAUCCAGGAACCUACAUGAGAGCCCACACGAAACCGUUAGUUGGAACCUGUCCUAUUACGUUUCCAUCCAUGGUCCAUGUCCCUGCCUGUUUGAGCAACCACAAUGGAAUAUUAAGAAAUUUCUUAUCGAACUGGAAUACACUGACAAGAAUUCAAAUGGUUGCAGUUCCUACCCUUCUGGCAUUAGCGUUUACUUUUUACUAUCUAGAUUCUUUGGAAAAACAAGAAGUAUUCCAGAAGGAGGAAAGUUUUUUUGACCAGAUGUUUCAGUUCUCCUGUAAUUGCGAUGAGGAUAUUGCCUGA